GAGAAAAAAAGCAAGCAGUGAAUACAAGUGUUAACAGGGAUGAAGUGGGACUCAUCCUUGCGGUAUGAUCCAGAGCAAUGAAUACUAAAACCCUAAAGCAAGAGAAGAUCUGCCCAAUUCUCUUUCCAUCUCAUCUCAUAUAACCCCAUUUUCCUCAUCUGGGUCUACAACAUUUUCCUUCAAAACCUCCUGUUUGGCGCCAUUUGGGGUUGUCCAACACACAAUGUUGCUCCUCUGAGGUUAGUUCAAUUUUGCUUUGCUUUGUAUUUUUUGGGUUUUUGAUCACAUGUUCUAUGUUUCUGUCAUCUGGGUUUGUGUUAUGAACAAGAAUUGGGUUGUAUGGUGAUCUUAUAAUGUGAAAGGCUCUGAGUUUAGCCAUGGAUUGCAAUGAGAGAAAGCUAUACAUUGCAAUAGCUUUCUGCCUCAUUGCAGUGGCUUUUAGUACCACAAACCCUAAUGAUUUCAAAGUUCUGGAUGAUUUCAGAGAUGGGUUGGAAAACCCAGAGCUCCUAAAAUGGCCUGCCAGUGGAAAUGACCCUUGUGGUCCUCCAUCAUGGCCUCAUGUGUUCUGUUCUAGAGGUAGAGUCACACAGAUUCAGGUUCAGGGUUUGGGUUUAAAGGGACUCCUCCCUCAGAACUUGAACCAGCUCACAGAGCUCCAAAAUUUAGGUCUUCAGAAGAAUGAGUUUAGAGGAAAAUUACCCACUUUCAAUGGGUUGUCAGAAUUGCAAUUUGCGUACUUGGAUUUCAACCAAUUCGAUACCAUUCCGUCGGAUUUCUUUCGUGGACUUAGCAGUGUUCGCGUCCUUGCUUUGGAUGACAAUCCGUUUAAUGUAACUACCGGAUGGUCUAUACCUAAUGACUUGCAGGAUUCAGUUCAGUUAGCAAACUUUUCUUGUUCAAGUUGCAAUGUGGUUGGACCAGUACCUGAUUUUUUUGGGAAAUUGCCGUCUCUCACUUCAUUGAGACUUUCCUACAACAGGUUAUCCGGUGGGAUACCUGUCAGUUUCCGUGAUUCGAUGUUGCAGAUUUUGUGGUUGAAUGAUCAGGAUGGAGAUGGAAUGACUGGUCCAAUUGAUGUGAUUGGGUCAAUGGUAUUACUGAACCAGGUAUGGCUUCAUGGGAAUCGAUUUACGGGGACAAUUCCAGAUGACAUUGGAGCUCUGAUUUCUUUGAGAGAGCUCAACCUCAAUGGAAACCAACUUGUUGGUCCGAUUCCACUGAGCUUGGCAAGUAUGAACCUGGACUUGCUGAAUUUGAACAAUAAUAUGCUGAUGGGUCCGAUCCCAAAGUUUAAAGCUGGUAAUGUUACUUACUCUUCAAAUUCAUUUUGUCAACCGAUUCCCGGACUCCAAUGUGCUCCUGAAGUUAAUGCACUUUUAGAUUUCCUUCGCAGUAUGAAUUACCCGUUAAAUCUUGCUACUUUAUGGACUGGUAAUGAUCCAUGUAAAGAACCAUGGCUGGGAUUGAGCUGCAAUCCAAGAGGUGAGGUUUCAAUUGUAAAUCUGCAGAAGCUUAGGCUUAAUGGUACAAUCAGUUCUUCAAUUGCAAACUUAAAUUCGCUGAUGGAAAUUCAUCUCAGAGGAAACAAUCUAAGUGGUCCAAUACCCUCAAAUUUAACUCAACUGAAAUUCUUGAGGUUGUUGGAUUUAAGCGGAAACAAUUUUCUGCCUCCAAUUCCAAAAUUUCGAAAUGAUGUAAAGAUCAUUACUGAUGGUAAUCCACUAUUGGAAACUAAUCGCACCGAGGGACCUUCAUCACCAGUUAGUAGCCCAUCUCCUUCCUCACCAACUAUCAUUCCAUCUCCAAGUUCUCCAACUAUCAUUCCAUCUCCAAGUUCUCCAACUAUCAUUCCAUCUCCAAGUUCUCUAUCACCAUCAAACAGCUCACCGGGUAGGUCUCAUUCACCAUCAUCAGGGAGCCCGCCUUUCCCAACUAAAGGUUCAAUCUCUGGUUCCAUCCAAGAACAAUCCAAGCCAAAAGAUUCUAACAGAUUUAAAGUAGUUGUCAUUGUGAUCAUAGGUGCAGCUUUCUUGCUUCUGGUUCUUGUAGUGAUUCUUUUGUUUACAUACUACUAUAAGAAGAGGAAAGCCUCUACAGAGUUUCCAAGUUCUAUUGUGGUCCACCCAAGAGACCCAUCUAAUCCAGAUAACCUGGUUAAGGUUGCAGUUUCAAAUGGCGCCCCUGGAACCUUCUUCGCUCAAACUGGAAAUAGUCCUGAUAGAAGAAACAAUGGUGGAGUUGAAAACACUCAUAUGAUUGAUGCUGGCAAUCUGGUAAUUUCUGUUCAGGUUCUACGGAAGGCGACAAAUAAUUUUGCACCAGAAAACGAGCUUGGCCGUGGUGGUUUUGGAGCAGUUUACAAGGGUGAACCUGAAGACGGGACAAAAAUAGCAGUCAAGAGAAUGGAGUCUGGGGUAGUUAGUAACAAAGCUUUGGAUGAAUUUCAAGCUGAAAUUGCUGUUCUUUCUAAGGUCCGGCACCGCCAUCUGGUAUCGCUUCUGGGGCACUCUGUUGAAGGCAAUGAGAGGCUUUUGGUUUAUGAAUAUAUGCCCCAGGGGGCUCUAAGCAGGCAUCUCUUCCAUUGGAAAAGCCUGAACUUGGAGCCUCUAUCUUGGACAAGGAGGCUUAUUAUUGCUUUGGAUGUCGCUAGAGGGAUGGAGUAUCUUCAUAAUCUGGCACACCAAAGUUUCAUACAUCGAGAUCUUAAAUCUUCAAAUAUUCUUCUUAGUGAUGAUUUUAGGGCAAAAGUUUCUGAUUUUGGAUUAGUGAAACUUGCUCCUGACAGAGAUAAGUCUGUUGCUACCAGGCUUGCGGGAACAUUUGGAUACCUUGCACCUGAAUAUGCCGUAAUGGGGAAAAUCACAACUAAAGCUGAUGUCUUCAGCUACGGAGUGGUGUUGAUGGAACUUUUGACAGGGUUAGUGGCACUAGAUGAGCAGCGCUCAGAGGAAAACCGGUAUUUGGCUGAGUGGUUCUGGCAAAUUAAAUCAAACAGAGAGAAGUUAACUGCUGCCAUUGACCCAACUCUUGAUGCAAAAGAAGAGACUCUUGAUAGCAUCUGCAUUGUAGCUGAGCUGGCUGGACAUUGCAGUGCAAGGGAUCCAAAUCAUCGACCUGACAUGGGACAUGCAGUGAAUGUGCUGGCACCACUGGUCCAGAAGUGGAAACCAUUUGAUGAAGAAAAAGAGGAAUAUUCCGGCAUUGAUUACACACUACCUCUUCCCCAGAUGUUAAGGGGGUGGCAGGAAUCAGAAACCAAAGAUUUAAGUGGUACUAGUCUUGAGAACAGCAAGGGAAGUAUUCCAGCUAGGCCAGCUGGAUUUGCGGAAUCCUUCACUUCUGCUGAUGCGCGAUGAGUAAAGGUAGUCUUCCGGGCCAUUUGCCUGGUGUUUCAAGUAAGUUGCCUAUGUUUCGUAAAUCGGUGUUUCUGUUUCGUGCUUUGAGGACAACGUGUGGAGCAUCUAUCUAGCGUAUUGCAUAUGGUCAUCGAAUAUUACAGAAUUCAACGAGGACGAAGUUGCAUGUAAGACAGAAUUAAAGCAUUUUAAAUUAUUACAAGGGGCAAGGUAUUCUUUGCUCAAAGGUUAGUUUUCUUGUAAUGUGAAAUAAAUGUAAAUAUGCUGAAAGCAUGAAAACAGAUUUACCAGUCAUAUGUUUCAUGCUAUUUGCUAUUAAAGUUCAGUAAUGGGAAAACUGAGGAUGGUGUAAUGUUUAGCCAAAAAAAAGGAUUUCUUUGAUAUUGUAAUUCUCUGAUCUCCAUGGGGAGGUUUCUAUUGGUAUAUUAUGUUUCAUUUGAGUUUUUA